UUCUUUAUAGUAGAAAGACCAUCUUUACGUUUGUAAGUUCUUGUCUUUCGAGUGUAAGUGCCAGAGACCAAGUCCACCCUCACUGUAGAGCAGACAUCGUUCAGAUCGUCUGAUAUCGGAUGCGCUCUUUUCUCCGAUGGUUCCUCUGUGAUGUUCCACGUAGACCUGCCAGACUGACAAGUUGUCGAAUCUGCAAUUUAGAAAAAACUCAUUCUCCUGCAGUGUGUUGUGAUUCGCUUCCAGUGUCUCCGAUAGCAGCUUACCAGAACUCAGUCUUCUAAAUUCUUGUCAGAGUCAGCGUCUCUGUUUGCGUUUCCAGCUCAAUUUGAAAUCGCCCUCCUUCCGAGACGUGUAUCUGCUCUCCAAACUUCGAUACCCCUCAAGCAGUCAGAACUGCCACUACCAAUCCAUCCUGGACUGUGAAGUAACCUCCAGCUCUCUCUGCUGCAAAUGGUAGUAGCGGUGUUUGAUGGACAGCGAUGAUGCACAGGAUUACAUUGUAAUGCUCUCGGUUGGAGCUAGACGAUAUGCUGAAUCUGCAAGGAAUUCUCAAGUUCAAACUUCAUAGAGGAGUUGUACCGAUCUUAAAACAAGCAGGAAUUCGUUCAUGCAGGCGAUUCGCGUCGGGCAACUACAUAAUAACAUCACAAUCUGUGGUGGCAUCGAGAUCAGGAAGCUUGUGUAUCGUAGACUUUGGACACAUUUCCCCUCAAAAUGAACAAAAACAACAGAGCAGUACUCAAUCACAGCUAUGAGCAAGGUCUCUGCCGUCAAUGAAGCUGAGGAUCGUUCACGGCGAAGGAGUAGUGGAUAGCUAUGGCGACAUUCACGGUCACGUUUAAAGCUGGAAUAUGGCUGCUGUUUUCUAUAGCUGUAUCAAUGUUUUCCGGCACCUUCAGUACUGUGGAAGAAGGAACCGCUCUUACGAAAUUAUUGACAGAUUGGAACAAGGAUCUUCCAACUUGGAUUCCAGGAAGCGAUCCCUGUGACGGCUGGGAGAAUGUUCUUUGCACCGGCAGACGUGUAACAGCCUUGAACCUGACGAAUUUGGGCAUUACUGGAAGACUGCCAGAAGAAAUCGGUGUCUUGAGCCAAUUGGAGGAUCUGGAUCUAAGUUACAACAAUUUCCGGGGUUCUCUUCCAAAUAGUCUCGGAUUGUGUCAGAAUAUGCGCGUCUUAGUAAUACAGGAUUGUCCCUGGAACACUGAUUUCCCUACGGUCAUAACAAAGUUACCAAGACUGGAGUACCUGGAGGCCAGUAAUGCAGGAUUAACUGGAAGUAUACCACGACAAUUCUACAACUUGGGAAGUCUGAAACACAUAUACUUGGGAAACAACACUGAUCUAACCGCAAAUCUUGAAGACUUCAGUCUAUUUCCCGAACUAUUAAAUCUGUCACUAUGGAGGAUGAAAUUUGAGGACUCUGAACUUCCUCCGAAGCUUUCAACGCUUAGUAAACUGCAAUAUUUCAACUGUCAUGACUGCAAUCUCACAGGUGGCCUUCCUGAAAGCUACGGUGAACUCACAGAUCUUAUUGAAUUCAAUGUUCGCGCAAACGCUUUGACUGGAGCAAUUCCUAAUUCGUUUAAAAAACUCAGAAAUAUGGUGGCCUUUCGGGUGGAUAAUAACGCUUUUUUGGGGCCAUUUCCAAAUUGGAUGUUCGACUACUGGCCCAACUUGACAAGCUUGUUGCUUAGUAAUAACCAGUUCUACGGGAUGCCAUACAAUAUCUCGUACUUAGAAACAAGGUUCAAUCUCACUUACAAGAUGAGUUUCAUGCGCUGGGAUUGCAACUACGUGACAGGACCUGAACCAUGUGGUAGACAAGGCCAAAAUAACUGCAGCGAACUGACCUUAGCCUAUACACAAGGAGGCGCAGGCUCCUCGGGAAAGUUUUCGUUUGACCAGAACUGUUGGGACAAUGUGUAUACCAACUUCUCGGCAAUUGUGGGGGGAGAGGUGUGCACUGGUCACCCGCUCACUUGUGAAGGCUUCUACAGCCAGGUCGUGAACCGAAAAAUAUGUCCCGUGUGCCCAACUGAUCAGGAGCUGCUGUUAAAUUCGACCGUCGAUAAUGGAUGCCUUUGUGAAUACACGGGAUCAGGCGGAUCCGGGUUCCCUGUAAAAACAACAAUAGGCAUAGUUGUUGGAACUUUGUCCUUGUGUCUUGUACUUCUGGUCAUCUACAGGAGGAGGCGACGGACACCGUUCUCACCCGAUCCUCCUUCGCAUUCUUCCGAGGAGAAGGAGGACGACGAGCUUGAUGGUGAUUGGAAGACUCCUGUUGAUGUCCAGAGCUUCAGCGUUGAGGAGCUUUGUCGAAUCACCUCAGGCUUCAGUGAAAGUCAGAUGAUUGGGUUUGGAGGAUAUGGAAGAGUUUACUCGGGAGAACUGCCUGAUGGCCGCAAGGUGGCAGUGAAACUUGCCUCUGCUGGCAGCUUGCAAGGAUCGAAGCAGUUUCGAAACGAAGUUAAUUUACUCAGUAGACUCCAUCAUCGCAAUCUUGUUCGACUGGAGGGCUAUUGCAAUGACAAAAAAUAUCAGGCUCUUGUUUAUGAGUUGAUGAAAGAAGGAAAUCUGGCAACGCAUCUUGCAGCCAAAGGAAGCCCUGCAAAACUGGGAAACAAAGCAGAGGUGGAAACACGUGGGUGUCUACCAUGGUAUAAACGAGUAGAGAUAGCAUUCGAAGUUGCCCAGGGGUUGGAGUACCUUCACUCUUUUGCGGAUCCUCCAGUGAUUCAUCGCGACGUGAAGCCGUCGAACAUUCUCCUCGACGAGAACAUGGUGGCAAAGCUGGCCGACUUCGGACUUACCAAAGAAUUUCCGGAGCUGGAAACUCACAUUUCUACCGCACCGGCGGGGACUGCAGGGUACUUCGAUCCAGAAUACUUUUUGAGACAGCAGCUCACAACAGCGAGCGAUGUCUACGCAUACGGCGUCGUGUUGCUUCAGCUUGUGACGGGUCAAGUCGCCAUCGACCAUAGAAGAGAGGACGAGACGAACAUCAUCGAGUGGGUGAAAAACAGGUUCUUUCUUAGGGGAAUCGAAUCGAUAAUAGAUUCCAAAAUUGCAGAAGAGUACUCCGUCGAGGCGUUUACAAAGAUGACUGAGUUGGCACUCAAAUGUGCCUCUUUUUCUAAGAAGGACAGGCCAACCAUGAAGGAGGUGUUAGCUGCUUUGAGCCCGCUCAUUUAUCCGAAGAAGAGAAAGACGUCGGGUUCCAGCAGUGAUAGUAUGGACGUCACGAUCUCAGCACUUGGUACUCUACAUCUGCAGCAAUUACUUAACGGGCAGUCUGAUGAAUCUAGCACGAGCUCAGGGCGAGUACGAUCAUCGAGUACGAACAUUAUGGAGUUCUCACAAGAUUUCGCACCCAGGUGACCUUGAGAUCAGCUGCCUUACCUUGAAAGCUAUGUGGAGAAGUGCCGGCAAAUAAACGAACAACCGCUGGACCUUCCUAAUACUAUCAAGAAUCAAUUUUGCACAAGCUUGUACAGGACUAGUCGUACGUGAAACAGAGCACAUUCUUUCGAGUCGACUGAUGUAAUUGCUUCAAAAGGCCUUAGAACCUGUUUUCUGUCGUCAUACGACGAAGCAGGUAAAGUGAAAUUACCUCAGGCUCCUGCCUGAUUUGUGAUUUGUUUAGGAGCCAUGGAGCUGUGUCCACACUUCAUCUUUCGAGGUUUUUGAGCACAUUUCCUGGGGACAUUCUCAAUUCACUGACAGUGUUGGACUCUCAGAAUGGGCAUUAAUUAAAUGCACAGUGGCAGGAUCCUAGUUGCAACAUAAGGUUGAAUGUCGACAGUCUUUGAGAGCAAUGUCAAACUUUGUCGGCUGCAACAUGUGCAGUCAACAGGUAUAAGACAGGCAUGCGUAAUGAGGUUUGUGAACGGGCUCAUGACAUUUAGCUCAGAGCUUUAGCUUGAUGUGAAUCAAACACUGAACAUUUCAAACACUGAACUGGAUAGGGUAGAUAUACUAUCUAGACCUUCUUAUUAUUUCUUCUGAUCAGUGCUCAACUUAACACUCCACGAGUUUAAGAGGUGCACAUAGUCAACUACACCACUCGAGUAACUUAGAAGUGAAAAGUUAAUCAGGAAAUUAGCUUCCAUCAGAGCUACCCUCAACUCUUGCAAGAUUUCAAGGAUAGGAAGCCCCAAUCAGUUGAAUCCAGCCACGAGGUUAACAAGACUUUUAAAAGAAGAUUUCGAUUCAAAGGAUUGAGUGUGGCAUGCGCUUGAAAACGAAAUUGAAAGAAAAUUAAAGCUUGC